CCAAGGGAAGGCGCGUCCGAGCUCCCAGCAAGCGCAAGCGCAAGCGCGUCCAGCACCGUUUGACGGAAUCUUUGACAGCACCGCGCCCUCCACGACCUGCUCCUCGCCCCGCCUCGCCCCGCGCAUGAUGCGCAGAGCCCCCCUGCAAAUCCCCCAUGGCUGACGACGACGGCCUCCAGGCCCUCGAGGCCCUGCACCGCGACCUAUGCGCCCUCAUUGACAACCGCCUCCCGGUGCUCGAUCGCCUGUACCACAACCUCGAGGACCACCUCGACAGCCUCAAGGCGCUCGUGAACAAACGCGGAAAGAACGACCAGAGCAGGAACGCGCUCAGCUCGGGCAAGAUCACCAUCGACGGAGAAGAGUACGAAGUGAACGACGAGUUCAAGCAGGAGGCGCUCAAUGUCGCCGAAGAGCUGGACCUGGACGAGCUGGAAGCUGCUGCAUGCUUCCUGGGCGCCCAGCAAGAGGCGCAGGACCUCGACCGCCCGCAGGCGCAGACUGCCAUCAUCCGCUUCCAUCGGCACCGCGAAUACAUCCUCCUGUGCCUGCGUAUCUUGAUGAAGGCGGCGCUCGACAGCAGCGAAGACGAGACUGCCCAAGAGGACAGGCUGCAAUUAGCUGUCGACCUCAUCGUAGGCGUACAUGGAACCAACAACUUCGCUUCGGCGUACCAGUUUUGGGGAAAGUGCCUGGAGAGCAUGGGCGACAUCGAGAAAUGGCUUCAAAAGAUUGCAGAGCGCCUCCAGAGUGCCCAAGUUGUUGGCCAGUCUCAAUCUGCGAGCUUCAAUGAGGUCAUGACAUACCAGCUACAGAGUCUCACCCGCCAGCACGAAAACCUCGCUGCCAUUUGCACGCACAUGGUUAGAAAAGGAUUCGCCAACAUGGAAAACCUUAAGGCGCUCAUCGCGCGAGCAAAGACCAUCGACAAACAUGAUCUCAUAACAAUUCACUACGUCCCAGUCCUGAUGCGCCUUAUCGCACACAUUGCCUCCGAGGCGAACACGGUGACCAGGGAUGCGCGAGCGCUGCACAGCUCGCUGCUUGCUGCCAGAGAUAAUGAGCCAUGGGCACAACGGAGCUUGCAUGCAGCGACGUUGGCUUGGUGGUUGGCCGAGUACAGUGGGCGAUACACGGAUCCGAACCAUCAGGAUGUUGAUCUCAAUGGUGUGGAUUUUGACCAAGAAGCCAUUGCUCGCUCCGAGGCUUUCAUGCGUACCCUCGACGACGGCGCAUUCCAUUUCAUGCUCUCCUUCAGCCAAGACGUGCGACCGACGCGUUGGUACGACCCCCAGAAAACUAGCAUGAUAUCGUCAUUGUUGCAGGAUGCGGCCGUGUUGGCUCCUGAUUCACCUCAGCCUGAAGAUUUUUUCCGGAUACUCGUCACGGAACAAUUGCAAUUUUUUGUCGAUUCCUUCAUUACCAACAUGCCCGAUACGCUGCGAAAGCUGAAAGCGGAAGAAGACGACCAGCGGAGGCGCCUGCAACUACAUUUCCAACAGUCCACGGGAGAAUAUCCUUUACAUCUCGAGCGAUUCCUUGUCGUGGUCUCAUAUGCAUAUGAUGGUUCACCAGAUGCCGCUGAAGAUUUCUGGUCCGACAAGGAAAGCAAUCUCUACGGUUUCCUUCAGUGGGCCGCCAAACGUCAGCCCACGCCACGGAUUGCCAUGUUUUGCGAGAUGCUCCGCGCCAUCUCCACCGGAAACGCGAAUGCCGACUCUGCACACCGCUUUUUGCUGGAAGAAGGAGCCUCCUCUACAGGGAAGAUUCGCAGGACUAGCUCUCUCAGUUAUACGCACAUAUUCAGUGAGCUGAUCGAAUUCCAGCUCAACAUUCACGAGCCGAAGAAGACCAUACAAGGCGGCUUGUAUGCACCGUCACAGCAUGCCGUGGACCAGAUCGUGGAACCUGAAAGUGCAACGAUGCUUGAGAGCUAUCUGCGUUUGCUGGCCCACCUCUGCCGUGAGUCUGCGUUGGCGCGCCAUUAUCUCCUAGAGCAUCCAGAAUACAACCUGGCAGGUAUCUGCUUUGGGCUGUGCACUGACAAAGUGGUCACUGGUCUUCGCGCAGCCGCAUUUGAUGCCGCAUCGGCCUUACUUGUGGGCAAGGGCAAAGAACGGUCAACCGCAACGUGGAACACUUUGGACGAGUGGACAAUUUCCGGGUUCUAUGUCAGCUCGAAGCAAUCUAGCGCUCUAAAUCCCAGCCCCCGUGAUGAGUUCUGGGCUACGCUUGCUGAUGGGUACGACGAGUCGAUUGCGUUCAUCCGCCUUUUACAGGCUUUAGUUGAGCCUUAUCCGGACAACGACACGCUGAACGACAGUCUUCCGUUCCCAGAAUCUCUGGGCUCGAAUCGACGCAUUCCUGGUAUAGAGAACUACAUUGAUUUUGUCAUGCAGCGAGUAUUUGCAGACAGAAGCCCGGAAGUACAGGACCCAUUGCAGCGGCAUGUGCUGAGAUGGACUUGUCUGAGAUUCAUGGUUACCUGCUUGCAAACUUUCAACGAGAACCUGGUUGUCUUUGCUAACAAGUCGAACAUCCCGGUCGACGAAGUCAUCGAAACUUCGUCUCUGGCUGCGUACGUUACCCUACAUCCUUUCACAAGGGUAAUGGAAUGGCUUUUCAACGACAAGGUCAUUAGGGCUCUCUUCGCAUCAUCACAUCACAACGUUGCUGAAGUCGAUGCCGCUCCCGCCGAUUCACCAUUAGUUCAAUCGUUGAUGUUGAGCAUAGAGGUGAUGGACCUUGUCAUGAAAUUGCAGGCCACUUACUUGGACAUUGUGCGGCCGCUGCUGAAGCAGCAAAACUUGAUGCAGCGUACACCUGUUUCGAAUCUUUCGCUGGCUUCAUUUGAGGAUGCUGUUCUCAAUAACCUCCAAAUCAUUGUCGAUCUUGGCCUUUACUGCGGCACCGGGCACGAGUCGCUUACAAUAGCCUCUCUCCAACUUCUGGAAAAGAUGGCAUCAUCGCGCAAGCUUGCAGUAUCUCCAGCCAGCUUUGGACAACGUACUGGUCGUAGCAAGAUCGUUGGUAUACUCGAAAAGGACAACGAAGCUGAACGUAUUGGUCGGUCAUUGGCCAGCCUUCUGAAGUUUAAUGUGGAUGAGCUUGACGCUCUGCAAGAAGCACCUGGCUAUAUUAUCAAGCUCCGCAUCCUCGAGUUCCUCAACAGCUGCCUCAUCGCUGUGUCUCAAAGGCCUACAAUUGCCCAUAUCCUCCUCGGCUUGUCUUGCGAAAACAACACGGUUAAAGUUGCCCCCGACAGCCUGUUCGACAACGAAAGUUCUCUUUUCCAUGCAAUACUACUACUUGCUUACCACUAUCCUGCUGAAGAUGGUGGUAAUCACAUUGCGUGGAUGUCCGUUAUCAAGACUAAAUGCUGGGAAAUCCUUCAACGGCUAUGGAGAUCACCAUUGACCGGUAGCAUCGUCAUGGAGCAGAUGCGGGAAUUCGGUAUGCCUUUUGAGGAGGCGAUGCGCCUCCAAGUCGUUGACCUACGCACCCUCUGGGAUGGAAUGUCGCUUCAGCAGGGCCUCGAGGAGGUUGCGGCGGGCACGAUGUCGUCAUUCUUCAUCGGUCAACCAGCCUUUGCGCUCCAGCUUUUCCUGCAGCGUCGCGCCGCGUUUCUGGACUACGAGUCUCGAGAGUUGAGAUACAGUGUAAAAGAAGGGCUUUUUAGCUUGAAAACUAGGAUUCAGUCCCUUUUGCUCGGCACAGCUAUACGACCCGGCGAAGAUCCUGUACGCACCGCUGACAUCUUCAACCUGUUUGAUUUCAUGGAGCUGUCCUACCCCGAGCCAGGCGAAAUGCACCAUGAAUUCUUCCUCGGAGUCAAUCUGACAUCCUGUCAGGACACAAAGGACGGUGUUGCCAUGUAUUCAAUACCACUUUUGGAACAGGUCAUGCUACUGAAGAUGAAAUACUGGAGAAAGUUUGAAGGUCUGGAUGGCGAGGAAGAGAUCAAGAGAGUACAAGAGGGCGACAUGCUGCUCGAGCUCUUUGAGGACUGGAACCGUCGCACACAGCUUGCUCGCUAUCACAAAGACAUUCUGCGAUCUUGGGUCCAGCUGUUGAUCGUUACACUUCACGCAGGUGAAUUCGAUGACAGCGAACGAACAGCAUUCAUCCUCCAAGCGUUACAGGUUAUCCUCCCGAAGCUCGAGCUUUCGUACGGAACCGACAUAGACACAGCAUUGCAGCUAGCCAGUCUUUCAGAAACUCUCAUUGAAAAGAUAGACCUCAAAUCCAGCGCAUUCGAAAAUACAAGGAAUGGCGAUCUGGCCAACGACCGGCUCUCGCAGCUCUUCCGCGCAGCUCUGGCUGGAGUCUACAGCCCUAUAUCAACCCCUCGUCUCCGCGAGUAUUGCUACCAAAUCUGCUUUCGCUAUAUCCAUGGCACCUUCGAGAAGGCCACCAGAGGCUCACUGCUGGGACGGCAUACGCUGACUACAAUUAAGAACUGUGGCAGCCAGCUUUUGGAGGUAGUAUGCGACGAUGCAUACAGCGGCGAACGGACGUGCCGCAUCUCGGCUUUGCUUCUGCUUAACGCGCUCGUCGCAGUAGCCACUCGACAGGAAUCCAAAUACAUGCUAGACACAUUCGGCUCGCUGAAUUUCACUGGCGUGCUCGUCGACAAUAUCAAACACAUACCUGAGGAACUCAAAGCAGCCACCGGGCCUCAAGUAGCUGUACUACUGUCUUACUACGAUGCCAGCCUUGCACUUCUCCUCCGGAUCUGCCAAACCCAUGCUGGCGCCACAUCUGUACUCAAUGCGGGCUUAUUCCCUUCCACCCGUGAAUCGGGCAUCUUCGGUGUGGAUCCAGAUAUUGGUCUCGAAUUCGACGACCCCGACGCGCUUAAGAAGUACUACGAGCUCAUGCUUGCUGUGCUGCGUGUCAUCAACGCCGCGGUGCUGGCGCGUGGACGCCAGAAUGAUCAGACGGUUUUUGCGGCUCGCGAAUUUCUGAAAGAGAGCAGACACAGUAUGGUCGCCAUUUUCAAGCGAAGUGUUAAUGUUGGUGCCGGGAUUGGACAGGAUGGCGUCUUGAUACAGGAUUUGAGCGAAUUGGUGGACUGCUUCACGGUCCUGGUAGAGGUGACCGGAUUUCUAGAGUUUGAAGACUCAUCAAGGCAGCAGAAGGCGAGGCAGAAUAUGUUUUCGUAGCAGGGUUGCAUCACCGGCAAAACCCAGGGAGAUAGAUUCAAAGAUUCCCGCCAUGAAACCGUACUUAGUCACAUUGAACACGUUCUGAAAUCUGCACACCGUCUGGAUUGCACUGUUCUGUCCGUUUUGGUCCUGUGGUAUCGUGUAUCCUGUUGGGCAAAACGAUCCGAGAGACCGAGCCUUGGCAGCCGACAUGCCGCAGACUCGCUCUUUGUUGAAGCACCAGUCCGGAACCCUAAAGCAUGACGUGCAUAGCGCAGGUCGUCAU